AUGUUUUCUGAUCCAAUUUGGGCAGCUGAUUGUUCGGGAAGAUUUUCGCAAUCUUCACUGGAAUCACAAAAAGAUGUCAUCGCUGUUUUGUCAAAGAAAAAUGCAUUUGCAUAUUUUGAAAACUCGACUUUAGUUCUUCGAAUCGGUGAUAAUCCAGAAUAUUUUUUCAAAGCCGAAUUACAACAAGAAAAUGGAGAAUACCUCAUUGAUAGUUAUUCAAAACAUUGUUCAGUUUUGGAUAUCGCAAAAGAUCUCAACAAAAUCUACAGAAAUCUUGAAAAAUCUAAAGAUUUUAUUGAUAUUCUAACAGAUCCUUAUAGAAUGCAAACAUGUAAUCGUCGAAGUGUUGUAUAUUCUCUCAAAAAAAUGGUUGAUGAUAAUAAAUUCAAUUUUCGAAGUGGAUACGAAACUGAAAUUCUCAAAGCUGAAUUUAUUGAAAAAGAUUUUUUGAAGUAUGAGGUUAGAUUCAAAUCGAACACAUUUUUGGAAGGAUCGUCAAAAAUUCGAUUCAGAGCUGUGAAAAAUCCAGAAACUCGUAAAUAUAUGCUCACAGGAGAAUUAGAAUUGUGUAUUUGA